AUGACGAGUCUAGCGGCCGACGCCGCUCAAAGUGGUUUUCAGGGGUGGUAUAUCCUCAAUGAGUCCCCCGAGGCGAUUGUGUGUGAACCCGGAUAUUUCACUACCAGCGGAUCCUAUGCGGCGUGUGCGACGCAUGCGAGCACUUCCUCGUCGUUCACUUGGAAUACUGGGUGCUAUGGAUCAAACACACUUCUGUACGAGGGCGGCGGUGGAGAUAUAUGUGUCAGCGGGGCGUCCUGUCUAGGAAUGACUAUUUUCCAAACAUCCCCGUAUGGAAUGCCAGUCGUAACACAGUUUGAGUGCGUAACAUAUUGGUCCGCUUCAACUUUGUACCGCGAACUCGGCAAUGGAUUUUCGACCACUAGCACCUCAGUAAAGACAGUCGCACCAGGUGAAGCCAGCCAAACGAUGCAUACCCCACCAGCGACCUCGACCACGACGACCCAAUCCUCAUCAACGGCAACACCAACUGGCUCUAACGAAAAUAGCUCUCAACCUGUUAGCUCGGCACCUGCUAGCUCGGGGCUUUCUGGAGGCGCAAUAGCGGGUAUUGUUGUGGGGUGUCUGGCAGGCGGAUUCAUACUGGCGUGUAUAUUAUUUUUCCGCAAGAGGAUUGCUGCUGUCUUCUCUGGGAAAGGCAAUCCAGAAGCACAAUAUCAUGAUCCUCCAUGGUAUCGAGGGCACCCGCAGCCACAGAUCGCGGGGGCCGUGUCUGAAAUGUCAUCUGAUCGACCCCCGGUGGAGCUGCAGGGAACUCAUAUUGUACGGGAGCUCGAUGGAUUGAACUCAAAGCCAAAGUAUUAUGCGUGA